GCAGGCAUUCGCGCCGAGUCCGCGCCUAAUAUGGACAGAGAGUAGUUCAGCCGCAGCACCAUCCCGAUAACAGACGACGAAGCCACCACCGAAGUCCACCCAGUGAUCCGGCAUCAUGAUCAGCCUGAAUCCCCCGACCUAUGCGUACAUGCGCGAUGGCAGCAACCUCAGCCUGGCGGAGAGUGUGCCCGCCGAGAUCAUGCACAUGGUGGAUCCCUACUGGUACCAGUGGCCCCCGCUCGAGCCCAUGUGGUUCGGGAUCAUCGGGUUUGUGAUCGCCAUUCUCGGCACCAUGUCGCUGACGGGCAACUUCAUUGUGAUGUACAUCUUCACCUCGUCGAAGGGCCUGCGCACGCCCUCCAACAUGUUCGUGGUGAACCUGGCCUUCUCCGACUUCAUGAUGAUGUUCACAAUGUUUCCGCCUGUGGUGCUAAACGGAUUCUACGGCACCUGGAUCAUGGGACCGUUCCUGUGCGAGCUGUACGGCAUGUUUGGCUCGCUCUUCGGGUGCGUCUCCAUCUGGUCGAUGACCCUGAUUGCCUACGACCGGUACUGUGUAAUUGUGAAGGGCAUGGCCAGGAAGCCCCUGACCGCCACUGCGGCCGUAAUCCGUCUCUUGGUCGUCUGGAUUAUCUGCGGUGCCUGGGCACUGUUCCCACUCUUCGGCUGGAAUCGCUAUGUGCCCGAGGGAAACAUGACCGCCUGCGGCACUGAUUACUUCGCCAAGGACUGGUGGAAUCGCUCCUACAUUAUCGUCUACUCCCUGUGGGUCUACCUCACGCCGCUACUGACCAUCAUCUUCUCCUACUGGCACAUCAUGAAGGCUGUGGCUGCCCACGAGAAGGCCAUGCGGGAGCAGGCCAAGAAGAUGAAUGUGGCUUCUCUGCGCAACAGUGAAGCCGACAAGAGCAAGGCCAUCGAGAUCAAACUGGCCAAGGUGGCCCUGACCACCAUAUCCCUGUGGUUCUUCGCCUGGACCCCCUAUACAAUCAUCAACUACGCGGGCAUCUUCAAGUCCAUGCACCUGAGUCCCCUCAGCACUAUUUGCGGAUCCGUUUUUGCCAAGGCCAAUGCCGUUUGCAACCCCAUCGUAUACGGUUUGAGCCAUCCCAAGUACAAGCAGGUGCUUCGGGAGAAGAUGCCCUGCCUGGCCUGCGGCAAGGACGACUUUGGCUCAGACUCGAGGACCCAGGCCACCGCCGAGAUCAGCGAAUCCCAGGCCUAAACACAUCAGAGACGACGACUGCAGCAGUAGGGAACUGACAACUCUAGAUCUACACAGACUCAACUAUUUUGCAACUCAAGGAAACCAAAAAAAAAGAUGGCAAAUAAAAAAUGUAAAAAAAAAUAAAUGUAUUGUAAAAAUAAAACUGCAAUUGAUACAAAAUCAAA